GGCCAUUCUUCAUCAAUGGCGUUACUUCGCUUACUGUGUUGUCCAUCCCUAUUUCCCUCUUCUUCAUCAGCCACUUUGUUUCCCCACCUAUCUCCAAUUAGUCCCAUUUUAUCAUCCCCUUCUUUGCAUACUCCUCCUCUUUUCUCCCCCAUUAAACCCCAAAGACCCUACCUUUACAUCUCCAAUUGCUCUUCACCAGAAACUACUCAACCAGAAGAUGAAAGUUCAAAAACAAGAGUACUUGCUCAGAAUGCUCCUUGGACUUAUACUGCUGAUGACCUUCGCCCUCUCUUUCAGAAAUAUGGCACUGUUCACGACAUUGAGGUUGCAAUGUAUAACAAGACAAGAAGCAGGGGCUUAGUCUUUGUUACAAUGGGUUCACAUGAGGAAGCUAAGGCAGUUCUUGAAAACCUCGAAGCGUAUGAGCUUGAGGGUAGACCUUUGAGACUUGCCUGGGCUAAGCCAAAGACUAAGAAACCUUCUUCUCCACCGCCAUCCAAGCCGCUGCCUGUACACAAUCUGUUUGUGGCUAAUUUGCAUUUCGAAGCAAGGUCUAAAGACCUUAUGGAAUUCUUUAAGGAAAAUGGGGCAAAUGUUGUUUCUGCUGAAGUCAUAUUCAAUGAUAAUCCCAGACGAUCUGCCGGAUAUGGAUUUGUUUCUCUUAACACCAAGGAGGAGGCUGACGCAGCCCUAUCCUCAUUUGACGGAAAGGAAUUUAUGGGGAGACAGAUAAGGGUGGCACACAGUAAAAGAUUUCUGAGAGAAGAGACAAAAAAGACUAUCCACUCCCAAGAACAACCAUCUGAAUUGAUCUCUGUGGCAUAAUGAGCUAAUGCUGCUAGAAUUUGAAAGUUAUUCCUAUGAGGAAUAUCACUCUCUUCUGACCAAGGGCUGCCAAUAGAGAAAUGAAAAGUUCAUAGUUUUGGCAGCGGAAGCUGAUGCUAUAAGCAAAAUAAAGGGGAUGGUUUUAUAAAGUUUUAUCUUGUCCAUGUAUAAAAGUUGGUGAUUAAGUCCUUUUAGGAGUUCAUUGCUUUAAGAAGAUGGAAAGUUGUUAUAAAUGUUUGUUUAAGGUAAGUUUCACAAGCGGGCACUUAAAAGUGUAUGAACUUUACAUUUCUAUAGAAAUCACCUACAUCAAGCUGUUAUUGGUGCACAUUACUUUCCUCAUUUGGCCUGUUCAACCCAUCUUGAAUUAGCUUUAUUUAACCGACAGUUCUGCCAUUAUACAUACUUGCAUGUAAGUUUUGGAGUGUCACACACCUUCCAAGUUUUGAUAGAGGUGGAUGUACAGUGUAACAUAGGGGUUCACGUGAACCUAAUAGCUUUCCGUCA